AUGAAGGUGGCGUUUGACGAAGAAGUCAGUCCCGAGAAGGUGCAUACAUUCCAACAGUCUCUGGAUAAACUUCGCUGGUUGGAAAAUAUUAUGGAUAUUUUUACGUUGAGUACAAACACGGCUCUCUGUGCGACGACCGACAAGUUAGUCAGACAACCGAAGCAUAUGACCAUUGGGGGAGUGGCGAAGCAAAAAUUUUACAAAACCGCUCACAAAGCGGGAUUGCUGCGUCUGAAAGAAAAGGAAGAAAAUUCUUCGGGAAACACCGAUGUAAUGAAAAGUCGAAGUCUCUCGCGGCCGGCGUUUCGUCCUUCACUUUUAGAUGGCGAAAUCGAUCACGUUUCUCCAGUUCGUAAGUUUAUUCUCUUUUCUCGUCUCUUGAUGUAG